ACAUGAAGUACAUCGAUUCGACCGGAUCGUCACCGUGCCACGAUUACCACUGCGCCGUGAGCAGUUCGCGUACCGAGCCCUCGAUCGCAUCCCGGGACAUCUCGCCCAGCCGGUCACGGUUCCUCGAGCCGCCGAAGCUAAUGAUCAACAAUCACUCGGCCUCCACCACGAACUCGUCGCUCUGCUACACACUGUCACCGCUGCGAAAGUGCGCAACCACGGAGGUGUUCUCGCAGAAGUACCGCGUCUCUUCGUUCGAGGACAUGUCCUGUUCGUCCUCUCACAAAUCGAUCAAGAACACGGCCCGCAAAAUCUUCCGCUCGUUCGAGGAGGAGCGCCGGAUCGACUCGGCCUUCAUGCCUAUCGACACCGGAGCCACCACGUCGCGAACCACGGUGCGGCAGCAGCACCAACAACCGGGGCUGCUCCAACCGCAGCUCUCCCUGCCACCGAUGUCGAUCGCGGGACCAUCGUCCUCUUCGCCCUCCCCAAAACACCACCAUCCGUCGGGCUUCUCGCCAUCGCACCACUUUGGCCACCUGCAGCCUGCAGCCUCUCCGCAGCACCAGCUGUCGAAGAAGAACCACGCGUCCUACCAGAACCUGCACACGAUCGUGCCGACGGCUCGCGAACGGGGUCUCCAGUGGCGCAGCAAUCUGAUAAAAUCGAACGAAUGUCUGUUCGAGACGUCGUUCAACUGUGUACCAACCCACCAUCCGCACUACCAGCCACCGCCGCAGCUGCAGCAGCACCCGUCACAUUCCUUCUCCUCGUUCCAUGGCCACGGAUCACAGGAUCUGCCCACCGGAUCGGACUGUGGCAGUUCGAGCGAAAUGAGUGGCGAUCGCUUCACACUUACACCGGAACCGGCGCUCGGGACUGACUCUCCCGCCUGCCCAGUGGCGGCCAGUUCCUCGACGAGUCGUCUGCGACCCAACCGCACCGAUCGGGCUCAGCUGUUUUCGUUGGCCCGCUUCAAACACAACGCCAUCCUGGACAGUGUGUCCAUCGAGGAUAUCUCAUCGGACGCAUCGCUACGGGCGACCAGCCCCGGGGCCAGCCCGUGCCGCAGUGCCGCCAGUGUAUCCUCCUCGUCGGCCGGUGAACCACCGCCAGAGUUUGAAGCGAAGCGCCUCUCGUCGGACGUAACUUGCACUUCGGACGCAUCUGACACGACCAGCGAAGAUACGGCCAGCAUCAGUACGACCGACACGUCCCUGCUCAAGUCUCCGUUACCGACGCACCGUGACACGGUGACACCGCAGGACCUACGCCACAAGCAUGCACCCCGUGACGUGCGCCAGUAUCUGGACGACGCAACGGCCGCCAGCGGCGGUGACGGUGGCUUCGGCAGUGGUAACGAGGAGAAAACACCGCUCCUCGAGGGCAUGGAACUGUCGCCCAUCAUCUCGCCGACCGAGUCGGAGCAAAUGUUGUGAUAAUACCGUGACACGCUCAACCGAACAUUCCCCUUUUCCGGCGACUUGCACCGUUGCCCAUGCCGCGUAGGCAGUGAACUGCAAGCCGAGGUUCUACUCUGACUGGAAACAGGAACAUCACACGAAACAGGGCCAUUUUUACGCGAGAGCUUUUUAGAGCCGCGGGCGGACGUGACACUGUGUCACGUGGCUGAAUUUUCGACGCGAUCUGCAAAAUGGUAGCGCACACGCGGACUCACGUUAACCUUGUUCGUUCGUUCCCCUUCACGGUCUCGUUAGAUGGCAGCGUGGAUAGCCCACUGCGCCGUACAUAGUCAGUUUGUCUCUCGAGUUUUAACAACAGUCCAGCGUCGUAGCAAACACUGACAAGUCCCUUGGCCCGUGCCGCUAAUCGGCUUGCGCGCCACGCAUAUACGAUAAUCAAUACGUAGCCGAAAUACACAUCAAGAUAACACAACUUUGCUGUAGACCGCCAUAGUGGGUAGACUUUUCGUCCCGGUAGACACUAGAGCGUCGAUGACCAUUUGUUUCCAACCAGAACUCUCCGCGACCCGAGUGGUCAAAUUUCUUCCGUAGCUUCCACAAUGAUCCUUAGUAGUGUAUCAGGCUGCGUCUUGGCAGUUAGUUGUUCACCAUAAGAACACACCCGACCGGAUUAAACAGGGAUUCGCUUUCGAUUGCAGCAGUGUACCUGCGCGAGUGUGAGUUGUUAGAAAAAGGGAAUGGCGGUUGAAGGUACGGGAAACAACGCGUUCGACGCGAGAGUCAAAGUGUCAAUCAAGAAGUAAUCAGUAUUUAAACAAUAACUUAAAAUGAUAAAGGGUACACUAUCCGACCGAGAUUUUGACCCCAGCCACGGCAACCCCCCUCGUUUCCUGCGCUCGAUAUACUCAUCCCCGGUUCUACACUGUAAGUAGUGAAAUUUAAAGUACAUUAGAGAGCGGUCGGGAAGGUAGACCGGCAAUCACGACGUUGUCCCCGAUGUGUGACCAUAUGAACGAAAUGCGAAAACGCAGAAGUAGAAUUUUUCUAGAGAAAACCAAAACCAGUAUAUUUGAAAUGUUCGUAGGCAAUCCCGAAAGGCGUUGACCGCUUAGCUGGAGGGCUCGAGCAAACGAUGACGAUCAAGCUGAAAUGUAUAUGAAUGAAUGAUAGCUUCCCACGAAUCAUCAUCAACUGACGGAUUACAUGUACCGAAUGAAGAUCGAACCUUACUUUCAUGUUUCUACAGGACAGUACACCUGGAAAUGACCAUUGUGUCACCCGAAUCCCAUUUGCGAUACACCCUUGAAAAAGAGAGAGCGGAGCCUAGUACCAUAAUUACCCAUUUUAAAAUAAAUGAAACGGCCAAAGUUGAAAACAAUUGAAUGAAUAACUUAUUUCAAACACCACUAACAACCACUACUGCGUGUAUGAAACAAACGUACACUUUCAUUCACUGUCCACUUGAACAAUAGGCAACCAGGGUGCACUGUUACUGCGUCAUGAAUCGUUUCUCUUCUAUCCAAUACGCGCUACCAAAUGGUGAAUUUUCCGUUUGUACAUUUUCGUUGGCUGAUAAAAAAAGAUACACAGCAGAAGCAAGACAGCCUGCCGGACCGUACGGCAGGAAAGCGCGCCUCGAGGGCACAUCAGAAGAUCAAACGAAAACGAAGUCGUUUGAACGACAGAGACGGAAAGAUUGAUGAAACCUUUGAUAGAACAAUUUCUAAACCGUCCCUGAAUAUCAAAAUCUUUAGAUGUACAAAUAUCAUCGAUUGGGUUGCGCGUUUCCGUGGUGCCACUUAUUUAUCGCUGCGCCGAGAAGAGAAAUACAGCUUAAGGAGGCGUUUGUUAUCAUUUUAUCAAAGCUCAAGCAUUCGAGAACAUAACGCAGUCAAACUUUCUUUGCUUACAACAACGGCACCAAACCCAUAGGUAAGAACCAAUAUAGAAUGUAGACCUCUGUUUGAACCCCGUUAAGCUGUAGUUUAAGGUUUUGUUCGGAGAUAAACCACUAAGAAACCACGCAUAAAGUGCGCAUGCAACCUAUUGCCGCCAUCAUUGCAGACACAAUUCCGAAUACACACGCGUUCCUCUCGCUUAGGUCGGCCAACUUUUUUGUCGCGGAAAGAACAACCCAAUACAAUAAAUUGAAUAUGAGGUACAAUUAAGAAGAAACAAUCACUGCUAACAACCACUAUCCGGAGAGCAGCAGAGACAGAAAUAUUACAACAAAAAAACACAGUAUAGUUCAUCAAAACUUCCGAGCUUGAUCGUUAUAGGAAAAACAAAAUAAACAGAAGAAAGUCUAUCAACAUCUUUUUUGCAAUCCAAUUACUUACGAAAUAUGAACCAUAUAAUGAAAAAGAACAAAACGAACCUAUAAAAAUUAGAUUGUAAAGGUUGCCAACAACGUCUGAAAUAUA